AUGGAGGACUGGGCGAAGCGCGGGGACGGCAACGGCGUGGUCGCCAACCUCGCGCGACGCGUCACCGCCGCGAAGCAAACCGGCGGCGCCGCGCGCAAGCUCACCAUCAAGCCCUUCAAGGAGAGGCCCAAGCUCCCCGCCGACUUCGAGGAGGACUCCUGGCGCAUGCUCUCCAACGCCGUGGACGCGGUCCACCAGAAGCGGCCGGUGAGCGAAUCCUUCGAGACGCUGUAUCGCCGCGUCGAGGACGUGUGCCUCCACAAGCUCGGCGCGGGGCUCUACGCCCGGCUGCGCGCGUCGUGCGAGUCGCACGUCAGGGAGAGGGUGGCGACGCUGCGGGGCAGGGACGGCGCCGAAGAUCCGGUCGCUUUCCUCAACCGGGUGGACGACGUGUGGGGAGAUCACUGCGACGCCACGCUCACGAUCCGAAGCGUGUUCCUCUACCUGGACCGCACGCACGGGGAUCGAUCGUCGUCGUCGUCGUCCGUCGAGUCCGUCCGAUCGCUCUGGGACAUGGGCCUGGCGCUGUUCCGCGCGUCCCUCGCGGACGACACCGCGAGACGCGGGACGGACGGCGGCGCGCCCCACGGCGACGACGUCCUCGGCAAGGCGACGCGCGGCUUGCUCGCGCUGGUGGAGAGGGAGAGGGGCGGCGAGGCGGUGGAUCGCGGCAAGGUGAAGCGACUGACGCGAGCGUAUCGCGCGCUCGGAGUCUACGCCGAUCGCUUCGAGAGGCAGUUCUUGGACGCCACCCGCGCAUUCUACCGCGCCGAGGGGACGUCGUUCGCGAGAAACGGCGACGUGGGCGAGUACCUGGCGCACUGCGAGACGAGGCUCGACGAGGAGCAGCGGCGGUGCGACGACUACCUCGAGUCCGGUACUCGCCGGGCGCUCGUUCAGUGCGUCGAGAAGGAGCUGGUCGAUCGCCACGUGUCAUGGAUCGUGGACAACGGGUUCGACGCCAUGAUGGACAAGUCCGACGUUAUAGGUUUGCGGAGGAUGCACGCGCUGUUGCGAAGGGUGGAUGGGGGUCUGGACAAGCUGAGAGUCGCGUUCGGCGCGGCGGUUCGUCAAAGGGGCGUUUCAAUCGUCAAAGACGAGGAUAACGACAGGGACAUGGUCACGAAACUGCUCGAGCUGAAGCGCAAGGCGGACGAGGUGGCGGAGGAGUCGUUCGGCGGCGACGAGGCGUUCAACGCGGUCGUCAAGGAGUCGUUCGAGUCGUUCGUGAACCAGCGGCAGAACAGGCCGGCGGAGCUCAUCGCCAAGCACAUCGACGUCAAGCUGCGGGGCGCGGGUAAGGGCGAGACGGAGGACGAACUGGAGCACAGUUUGGACAGGGCGAUGGCGCUGUUUCGGCACAUUCAGGGCAAGGACGUGUUCGAGGCGUUUUACAAGAAGGACCUCGCCAAGCGUCUGCUUCUGGGUAAGUCGGCGAGCAACGACGCGGAGAAGAGCAUGAUCUCGCGGCUCAAAGCCGAGUGCGGGUCGCAGUUCACCACGAAGCUCGAGGGAAUGUUCAAGGACGUGGACAUCUCGAGGGACGUGAUGCGAUCGUUCAGGAGCGACUCCGAGCGGUUCGCAAAGGUUGAAGCCGCGGGAGUCGAGCUCUACGUCAACGUGCUCACCGCCGGGUACUGGCCCACGUAUCCAACGGUUGAGGUGUCGUUACCCCCCGAGAUGGACGCCCUACAGGGUUUGUUCCGCGAUCACUACCUCGGUAAACACGGCGGCAGGAGGUUGGUGUGGCAGAACUCGCUCGGGCACUGCGUGUUGCGCGCGGAGUUUCCAAAGUGCGGCGUCAAGGAGCUCGCCGUUUCGCUCUUCCAGGCGGUUGUGUGUCUGCUGUUCAACGGCGCCGGACCCGACGGGCGCUUGACGUUUGAGGAAAUCCGCGCGGCGAGCGGGAUCGAGGACAAAGAGCUGAGACGCACGCUGCAGUCGCUGGCGUGCGGCAAGGUUCGCGUGUUGGUCAAGGAACCGAAGGGCAGGGACGUGGAGGAUGGCGACUCGUUCUCGAUCAACGAACAGUUCAACGAGCGCCUGUACCGCGUCAAGGUUAACUCCAUACAGCUCAAGGAGACGAAGGAGGAGAACGCGGCGACGAACGAACGGGUGUUCCAGGAUCGCCAGUACCAGAUCGACGCGGCGAUCGUUCGAAUCAUGAAGACCCGCAAGACCCUGUCGCACCAGCUGCUCAUCGCCGAGCUUCUCGCGCAGGUCAAGUUCCCGGCUCGGCCGACGGAUCUCAAGAAGCGAAUUGAGAGCUUGAUCGACAGGGAGUACCUCGAGCGCGACCGCGCCAACGCGCAGGUGUACAACUACCUCGCCUAG